AUGAGUAGCGUACUGACGUACCAGCUUCUCAGAACGCUGAAAGGCGACAGACCGCUUUCUGUAGUUCGCAGCAGCUGGCGGGCCAUAGUAGCAAACAAUCACGCCGUGGUUUAUCGACAGAAGGUGCGCGCUCUGCACACUUCACCAGCCGCCUGGAACCAGAACAAGAGCAGUAAAGAUGGAAACGAUAAAGACUUUGGCGAUGAUGAACUGAAAGCGCUCAAGGACGAGCUUUUCAAGCAAAUCGAGGAAGCAAACAAGCGCACAGGGAGCGAGAAGGAUGCCAAGCAGAAAGAAAUUGCCGAGCAGAUGAGACGCAUGGAGGAGGUAGUUAAGCGGCAGCUGGAACGCGCCAAGAAGGAGGCCGCGGAGAAGGAUGCGAAGGCCACUGCUGGUGAAAGUGGGGCCGACAAUGGUAAAGGACCCGAGGGACAGCGGCAGGAGCCCGACGCGAACAACCCAUUUAAUGACCCUAAAGUCAUGACCAUAAACAUCAAUUUGUUCAAAGUAGGGCUGGUGCUUACUCUAAUUGCAUUCAUCAUGAGCAAGCUAGGCCCGGGCAGCGGUGAGCGUGAAUUAACUUGGCAGGAGUUCCGUAAGGAGCUGCUGUGUAAGGGCUAUGUGGCGAAGUUGAUAGCGUCGCGCAGCAACGUAGUGAAAGUGGUUUUAAACGAGAAUGGGAUGCAUCAGCUUCAGAACAGAGAUACCUCUUACUAUUUCACGAUUGGCUCGGUAGAAAACUUUGAACGAAAGCUCAGGGAAGCGCAGGAUGAGCUUGGAAUUGCAGAGGACUUCAGGAUCCCCGUCAUCUAUAUAUCUGAAAAACGUUGGAUGCAGCUAGCCGUCCAGCUACUGCCCACUGCGAUGAUGAUUGGUGGCCUGUAUUGGCUGAAUAAGAGGUUUAUGUCUUCUGCAAGUGGUGGGCCAGGCGGUAUUUUCAACGCAGGCAAGUCGAAAGCAAGGAGAUAUAACAAAGACACUGAUGUAAAAGUAAAGUUCAAAGAUGUUGCUGGGUGCGAUGAAGCUAAGGAAGAAAUUAUGGAAUUCGUAAGCUUCUUAAAAGAGCCUUCCAGAUACGAGAGAAUGGGUGCUCAGAUACCCCGUGGUGCUAUCCUCUCGGGUCCUCCCGGUACAGGUAAGACUUUGCUAGCAAAGGCUACUGCAGGAGAGGCGGGCGUGCCAUUUUUCUCUGUUUCUGGUUCAGAAUUUGUUGAAAUGUUUGUCGGUAUUGGUGCCUCUCGUGUGCGCGAUCUGUUCAAGACUGCUAGGGAGAAUGCGCCGGCGAUCAUCUUCAUUGAUGAAAUUGAUGCCAUUGGAAAGUCGAGGCAGAAGGGUAAUUUUUCUGGUGCGAACGAUGAGCGUGAGAACACUUUGAACCAACUGCUUGUGGAGAUGGAUGGAUUCACGCCGUCUGACCAUAUUGUGGUGCUCGCGGGUACCAAUAGACAGGAUGUUCUAGACCGUGCAUUGAUGAGGCCUGGUAGAUUUGAUAGGCAUAUCCAUAUUGAUAAGCCGGAGCUAUCUGGCCGCCAGGAGAUCUUCAAAGUUCACCUAUCGAAGAUUAAGCUUGCAGGGGAUAUUGCCGAUUUAAAGGAUCGUCUAGCUGCCUUGACACCGGGAUUCUCGGGCGCUGAUAUUGCGAACGUAUGUAACGAAGCCGCGCUAAUUGCAGCCAGGUACGACAGCUCGUCUGUGAAGCUGGAGCACUUUGAACAGGCUAUCGAGCGUGUUAUUGGUGGUGUUGAGCGGAAGUCGAAGCUUCUAUCACCCCAGGAGAAGAAGAUCGUUGCAUAUCACGAGGCAGGCCACGCUAUUUGCGGCUGGUUCUUAGAAUUUGCGGAUCCGCUACUGAAGGUUAGUAUCAUUCCCCGUGGACAAGGCACACUAGGCUAUGCACAGUAUCUGCCAAAUGACGUUCAUCUGCUCAGUGAACAACAAUUACUGGAUCGGAUGACUAUGACUCUAGGUGGGCGUGUCUCUGAGGAACUACACUUCAGCAGCGUCACUGGCGGUGCGUACGAUGACUUUAAGCGCGUUACCUCUACAGCCACGGCCAUGGUGACCGAACUUGGAAUGAGCAAAGAGCUUGGUUUGGUCAAUUACACGCCGAAGAGCGAGCAUGAUCUCACCAAGCCGUUCUCGGAGGAGACUGCGGCUAUCGUAGAUUCGGAGGUCUACAAUCUGAUUCAGUACUGCCAUGACAGAUGCGAAAAGUUGCUGCGGGAAAAGUCCGAGGAGUUGGAGAAAGUAGCGCAACUGCUCAUGAAACAAGAAGUUUUGACGAGGGAAGAUAUGAUACGCCUACUUGGCAAGCGUCCUUUCCCAGAACGCAAUGAUGCAUUCGACAAGUACCUGAAUGAGAGUGAAACAAGACGCCUAAAAGAACAGGAGGAGAAAGGAGAUGACGAUAAAAAAAGGGAUGACGCCGAACCUAACGGUGAGAAACCAUCUGAAUGA